AUGAACACCGAAUUCAAUGCUCUUAUUAAAAACAAGACGUGGGUUUUAGUUCCACGGCAACCUCAUAUGCAUGUUUUACGUAGCAUGUGGCUAUUUCGCCACAAAUUUCGGUCCGACGGUACACUUGAACGAUACAAGGCGCGUCUUGUUUGUGAUGGAAGUAAUCAACAAAUUGGGGUGGACUGCGGUGAAACCUUCAGUCCGGUUGUGAAGCCUACCACUAUACGUACCGUUUUAUCGCUUGCAUUGUCACAGUCGUGGCCGAUUCAUCAACUCGACGUUACCAGCGCGUUCCUUCACGGUAAUCUAAAUGAGACAGUAUACAUGUAUCAACCCGUGGGGUUUCGACACCGGCAAUAUCCCGAUCACGUGUGUCUCCUAAAGAAGUCACUUUAUGGUUUGAAACAGGCCCCGCGUGCGUGGUAUCAACGAUUUACCGACUUCGUUCUUUCAUUGGGAUUUCAGCAAAGCAAAUGUGACAACUCACUCUUUACUUACUGUCACAACGGCACUUCAGCUUACUUGCUCAUCUACGUCGAUGAUAUUAUUCUCACAACAUCCACGGAUUCUCUUCACGUGAACCUUAUGUCUCGACUAUCAAAUGAAUUUGCAAUGAAAGAUCUCGGGCCGCUCAGUCACUUCUUGGGCAUUCACGUUCAACGGCAAGGUAAUCGAAUGUUUCUUUCUCAACAGGUUUACACAAAAGAGAUUAUCGACCGGGCCGGCAUGUCCUCCUGUAAACCUGUGGCUACUCCUGUUGAUACUAAGCCUAAACUCGGCUCCAACGCGGGUGUUGACUUCGAUGACCCGACACUCUAUCGCAGCCUUGCGGGAGCCCUACAAUAUUUGACAUUCACGCGACCAGACAUAUGUUACGCUGUUCAACAAGUUUGCAUGUAUAUGCACGCACCAAAAGUGGAUCAUUGGAAUGCCCUUAAGCGGAUUAUUCGGUAUCUUCAAGGUACCUCCUCUCAUGGCCUUACCAUCGGUACCUCUGCAGAUUUUUCUUUACGAGCAUACACCGACGCUGAUUGGGCGGGCUGUCCCGAUACGCGACGUUCCACUUCGGGCUAUUGUGUGUAUUUGGGUUCGAACAUCAUUUCAUGGUCGUCUAAACGCCAGUCAGUUAUCUCCCGGUCCAGCGCUGAAGUCGAAUACCGGGGCGUUGCUAAUGUUGUCGCUGAACUAUGUUGGCUUCGUAACCUUCUCUUAGAGCUACAUUGA